AUUCAACACCCGCUUCAUAGGACACGGCCCCGCCAACACCAGAAACACUCAUGGCAACCAUGGCUCUGCAGCAGCGUCUACGAGCACGACCAGCUCACCCCUCCGGCCCUACAUACCUGUCGUAUACACCGAACGGGAAGAAGUUGAUUACUGUGGGAUUGAACAAUGCGAUUCGUGUCUUCCAGUCGGGAUCGGACGCUGAACCAGUUACCAUUGACGACUGUACGGACUCGAAUACUGCAGUAGACUCCACGAACACAUUCUUUAUCACGGGUUCAGAAGAUGGCCAAGUUGCCAAGUACUCCCUCGAAAGUAACACAUUCGAAGGUCUACUAUUUCGCUCAACGCUUCCAGUACGCGAUGUAGCAAUCUCACCAGACGGGAAGUGGGUAGCAGUAGCCAGCGAUGAGCUAGUUGUCAAGGUUGUCAGCAUCGAGGACAUGACCAAGGUCCUGAUCUUCAACGAACAACCUAGAGCGGUCAAACAUGUAUCAUUUGACUCCAAUGGCGCAUUCCUCUCAGUCUCUUGCUCGGACGGCAAGGUGUAUAUAUACUCAUUUGGGACAGACGAGCCAGAACUUAUCACGACCGUAUCGAAUGUGAUAAAGAACCUUGACACAAACGCAGAAGAGAGCUCUCGAGUGAUAUGGCACCCUGAUGCGCGCGCAUUUGCUGCUCCAACAGCCGGACGAGAGGUUCAGGUCGUCUCAAAAGAUGAUUGGGAAAAGCAAAGGACAUUUCGCAGCGGUCAUACAGGAGAUAUCACUGCGCUCGCAUGGUCAUUGAACGGCGCCCUACUUGCUACAGCUGGGAUGGACCGCAGAUUGGUCAUAUGGGAAACCAAAACACAGAAAAUUCUACACACUUAUAACGACAUUGCAGCCACUAUUCUUGACCUACAAUGGCAUCCGACAGACAACACUCUCUCAUACACAAAUAUUGACGGAGAAUUGUUCAUACGGCCAGAUGUUGUACCCGAGGCCCACGCCUCACUGCUGAAAGAUCUACUGCAGCCAGCACCUUUCAUUCAUGAUCCGCGGGUGGAGGUCAAUGGGAACGCCCCGGGACGCAUUACCAAUGACAAACCACGGACACCUCUGCGACGAAAAGGUAGUGAUGCUUCCCUUGACGACAUCAUGGAAGGAGUAAUGUCUGACGACGGCUAUGAUAACGGAGAUGGCUUCAUUGAUGAUGAUGAUGGUGCGGGCUACACGGAACAGCUGAAUGGUAAUGGCAAGCGGACAAACGGCCAUCUCGCGCCGUUAACCGCAGACAAUCUGAAGAAGCGAAGUACCGGCUCGUGGAAACCGCAACAUCACAAUUCAUUUCAACCUGGUAGUACCCCAUGGCGCGGCAGUAGAAGAUACCUCUGUCUCAAUUUAACUGGAGCAGUAUGGACUGUGGAUCAGGAGACGCAUCACAGUAUUACCGUAGAGUUCUAUGACCAAGACCGUCGGAACUUCCAUUUCACAGAUCCUUUCCGAUACGACAAAGCAUGCCUCAAUGAUAAUGGAUCAUUGUUCUCAUGCCAGCCUUCUGGGAAAGAUCCAGCCACUCUUUAUUACCGACCGCAUGAGACUUGGACGAGCCGGACUGACUGGCGGACAUCGCUUCCCGGAGGUGAAAACAUCGAAGCCAUCGCACUCAGUGACUCAUUCAUCGUCGCAACUACCUCUGCAAAUUAUGUGCGUGUGUACACCCUCUUUGGCCUGCCAUAUCGAGUAUAUCGCCAAAAGAGUUCUCCUACAGUUUCGUGCGCCGCAUGGCGAGACUACAUUAUGACUAUUGGUAAUGGUGCUAUUGGCGCAGAUGGCCGAACGAGAUUACAGUACACGAUUGAGAACGUCAAACGUGAUGAGGUGUGCCAGAGCGAGGAUACAGUGGCACUGAGCGAUGGCGCUGAUUUGAGGAGUGUCUUCUUCUCAGACCACGGAGAUCCAUGCAUCUACGAUAGCACUGGUGUGCUUCUCGUAUUGCUGCAUUGGCGCACACCGUCACAAGCGAAAUGGGUACCUCUACUAGACACUAAAAACCUUUCUCGUGUGGCAUCCGGCCGCAAAACGGAAAACUACUGGCCUGUUGCGGUAGCAAGUGGUCGAUUCUACUGCAUCAUAUUGAAGGGCGCGGAACAGCAUCCACACCUUCCUGUGCCUCUACUGUCUGAAUUCGAUUUUCAAGUGCCCCUGACCUCAACAAAACCAUCGACUGAACUUGAUGCAACGGAAGGUGAUACCGAUACCCAAAGGCAGAGUUUCGAGGAGAGCUUUGUUCGCUCCUCACUCCUUCACUCGUUGCAGUCAGACCUACUCUCCAACGUUCACAGCACUUCAAGGCAACGAACGGAGCUCGCUAAAGCAGAAUUAGAAAUCGACAAAGCUUUGCUUCAGCUCCUUAAUAUCGAGUGUCGCGCAGGUGAGGAGCAUGGCAUGAAGGCGCUGGAGAUUGUGAAGCUUCUGCGAAAUAGCAAUGGAACGAUGUUAACGGCGGCCGAGAAGAUUGCGACGAGGUUCGGUCGGGAUGUCCUGAGUGAGAAGAUUCGUGAAGAGAUGGAGCGGAGAGAGGUCGGUCUUGAUGACGCGGAUGAGUGAUGAAUGUCAUGGGUCAUUCGUUGCUUGUAAUGAUCUAAUGAUAUCCCAUGAGUGUUCUGGACACUACUACUCAGAUACGCGUUUUGGCAGGCUAAGAGACGUCAGAGUCCGAGAAUGAAGCUUAGGUUGGGAGUCUGAACAUGCCCAGACUUUCGAAUCAGCAGU